CUGGAAUAAUCCUUAUUCCAAGUGCUUGAACUCCAAAGGACUGAUUUCUGAAAGUGCUCAGAGCUCUCCCUAGAGAGGAAAGGCUAAGAGAGGUCACCCAUAGCACAAAACCUAACAUAUCUCUGGAAUUGCAUGUUCUAUUUUGUGGGCUGUGCAUGAUGGCAGAAGAAAGUCUGGUUGGAUUUUUUUUUUCCUACCACUCUAACUGGAUUUGGCAGCUAUCUGAAGGGGAAGGGCAGUAUAAAAUCUGCAUCUCUUUCUCUCUGGCAUAACAUGCUUGCAUGUUUUAAAGCACUGCACAAUGGACCGCUAGAAGAAGUGAAAGUUGCUGAAAUGCAUCAGCUUUGGUUAAAAGAAAAAAAUUAUUGCAUUUAUAUGCAAAAGUUGUGCUGGAAGUGGAACACAUUGAGAAAGUAAUGUAGGGAGCUUUUGUUAGACCAUGUGACUGUCACAGAUACAUCAUCCACCCUGCACUAGUGUGACUCACAGAGGAAGAAGAGUGGUUAUCGUAUUAACGCCCUGCCUUGGUGACCACAGUAGCGCUAUAACAACAUGCUAGUGUGCUGUUAUGUGCUCUCACAACAUGGCUUGUGUCGGUAGCUGACUACGAGUGAACAGGUGUGAGAGGGAGGGGCCAGGCAAAAGGGAAGAGGAGAGAGGAGGGAAGUUAUUUAGCUAAAGCAGUUUGUUUUGGGGUUGUCCUCUCUCUAGUUACAUCCUUUUUCUGUCAACUGUGAGACAUAGGACUAAUUUAAGAGGGUUUUUUUCUUUGUUUUUUUACCGACAAACUAAUGUAUAUUUCAGUAUACAUGCUAGAGUUUGCUCUCACCUUCUGGAAACUGCAGGACCUUUACUCUGAGGAGCAGCUAUGACUUGUCAUAUCCAGCCAUUAUUUCCUGUUUUGGUCCAAGAAGCAGACCUGGCCCUAUGUCGCUGUGAGGAUGGAGUGGAGACGGCGCUGCAGUACGCCAAGUUGUGGUGCCGAUAUGCCAAAGACCUUCUUGCCUGGAUGGAGAAGAGAAUCAGCUUGGAGCAGGAAUUUGCAAAAAGUCUAAUGAAGACAGCUGAAGGAGCAAAAACCAAUGUACUCCAACAGGAAAUGAUGCCAUUACAGUACAUCUACACACUGGCUCUAGAACAAGACAUCAAAAAUUGUCUGAACGCUAGAAGGACUUCUGAUCUGCUGCAAAGUCGCUGUUACCAGGCCUUGAGUGCAAAGAGAAAUGAGAUUGAUAAGUGGCGCAGAGAAUUUAAAGAGCAGUGGGCAAGAGAACAAAGGAGGAUGAAUGAAGCAGUGACAGCUUAUAAAAAGGCCAAGCAACAGUACUUCCAGCGCUGUGAUGAGCUAGAAAAGGCGAAAGCUGUCUCUGCUAAGGCUGCAGAUGACACAGUAGGAAGCAAAACACUAGAUAAGAGGAGGAAAUCUAAGGAUGAAGCUCAGACUAAGGUGUUAGAGGCAGAGUUGAUAUAUAAACAGUGUGUGACUGAUGCAAAGAUCCACCAAGAUGAGUUAGUGAAGGUGAAAGAAAGAAUCAUUUCACACAUUCGUAAGCUCAUCUUUCAAGGAGACACUGUGCUCAAAGAGGUCACAGUGAACCUGUUCUACUUCCAGCGUCAGCAGGCAGAGCCUGUUCCACUUGGCUAUCACAACCUGGAGGUAACAUGCAGAGCCCAGGAGUCUGGUGAGCCGUAUCUGCAGUAUGUUCUCAGUAAGCGUCGCCCUGAGCAGAUUCUCCAAAAAUUUACCUUCCAGGAGUAUGUUCCUCACGGUAAAGGCAGCAAAAGAAAAACCAGCACUCUGAACACUCUGCCAGACUCGUUCAUGGCAGAUGAUAGUCCUUUGCGACGAUCCAGUGAUUGCAGGAAAACUGGAUAUAGUGACAGUGAGAGCAUCGGAGGCAGUUCGGAGUCCCUGUCCAGCCCUGCUAGGAGGCAGGGUAAAACCGCAUCCACUUUGACAGUGUCAUCAGACGAUCUAGAUGACCGGGAUGAAUCAGAGUACAAUGAUAGUCAGUCAGUCAAAGUGCCACAGGUUUCGCGAGCUGCACUAUCACAUCGACUCAAGAAAAUGAAAAGCAAAAUGGCCAAAUGCAAGCAGUGUGACAACUAUAUUGUUGUCAGUGGGGUUGAAUGUGAAGAGUGUGGCCUAGCUUUGCACAGGAAGUGUAUGGAGGUGUGUCAGCUAGAAUGUGAGCAUAAGAAGGGAUCGGUGUUUGGAGUGGACCUCGCUCUGCUGCCACGUGACAGGCCAGAUGACGUGCCCUUUGUAGUGAUUCGCUGCACAUCUGAGAUUGAAAGCCGUGCUCUCUCUGUCCAGGGUGUGUAUCGCGUGAGUGGGUCCAAGCCUCGCAUUCAGAAGCUCUGCCAUGCCUUUGAAACACAAAAAGAGCAAGUGGACCUCUCGGACCUCUCACCACAUGACAUCACCUCUAUCCUUAAGCACUUCUUUAAGGAGCUGCCUGAGCCCUUACUAACUUUUGACCUGUACAAUGAUUUCGUUGCGGUGGGAAAAGCAAUUCAGCACCUGAAUGAUGGGGAGACGUCACCAGAGCCUAAUGAGAUAAUGGAUAUCACUGACAACCUGCAAAAGCUACUACACAGACUUCCUCCAUAUUGCUACAGCACCUUGCAGCACCUUGUAUCUCAUCUUCAAAGGGUUUCAGAAAACUACGAGAACAAGAUGUGUCCCAGCAAUUUAGGCAUUGUUUUUGGGCCAACGUUAUUGCGCCCUCUAGUGUCGACAGACAUGUCAAUGAUUGCCCUGUUGGAGACCACCUACCAGGCUGUACUUGUUGAGUUCCUCAUCACGCACCACGACAAAAUUUUCGGCCUGGAGCAGGGAUCCGAUACACCCCCUCCUCCACCCCCUACUGCACCUCUUCCUGACACCCCUCCCAGAGGUUCCUGCCCCUUGGAUGGGGUAGCUUAUCUCGACUCAGAAAAUGAAACCACCUCCAGAGAGCGGCCACGCUCAGUAGAACAGAAUCGAAUCAAGAGAGAGUCAAGCGAGGGUUAUAUAUCUGACAAGUCUUCAUCCAAUGAGGCAGUGGACCAGCUCAGCGCUGAAGCCAGUGAGAGAGCAGUCCUGGCUAUGAGAGAUGUAUCAACUGAUCCUCAGGGUGAGAUGGUAGGAGAAGCUACCUCUGAUUUAGGAGUCCAGCCAUACUACCGUUUCACCAGACAGCCUGUGAAGUAUCACCGACAUCAUAAUCCAGGAACCCGAGUCUCGAACCCAGCAUGUGCAGCCAGACAGGCUGCGCCUCAACUAAGGGGCCACACAGGAAGUGCAGACAGCAGUCGCAGCUCUUCUCCAGAGCCAGGGGCACAAAGACUUUCUCGAGACAUAGAUAUCCACUAUGAGGGCAUUCUUGAGCCCCAGCAUGUGACUACUGACACAGAGAAUAAAAUGGAUGCCCCACUAAGCCCCCGUGAGGUUGUGCAGUACAUGCUGGGCUUGGACUCUACGUAUGCAACACUUUCACCUUCUACAGCAUCCAGUGCAACGCAGGCUGCUGAAGAGGUGGCAGGAGGAUGUCGAGCAAAUCGCAACAUAAAUCAGAGCAAUAACAAGCAGAGUACUGGACAGUAUCACCAUCUGUGUUCGUCACCAAAGACAAUUCCUGUUGAGAAAAAUGUUACCUCACCAGCCCAGAAGAUCCUGUCUGGUCUAAGGCUGAGACGCAGCCACUCAGGGAAGGAUGAGCAGCUCUUUGUCUGAGGGAAGAUAAAAAUCUGCAGACGGUUCACUGGAAUGAUUUCACACACAGCAAAGGACAUCAUUAAUAUGACCAUUAUUGUAUGUAACAACAAAUGCUUCUGUCAAUAUUACCAUUAUUAUGCCUUUAUUAUGAAUAGAAUACAUCCACAUUUUAGGUGCAAAUGUCACCACAGGAACACAAAGUCUUUAGUAAUCAAACCUACUGAACUAACAUAUGAAACACAGGGAAAAGUUCAAUCCUGGUGCCUGCUUGGAUUAACACUUAAUCUUCUUUAGAUUUUGGUCUGUUGAUAAUCCAGCAGUUCACUAAACAGACCACACAUGAGAGGUUUAUAUAUUAUUUUUUUUAAUUAGCUCUUGUGUUUUGAAUUAAUUAGCAGGCGAGGUGAAAAGAUACAAACUAGCACCUGAGUAUAACGGUUUUGACCCGAACAAACUGUAAUGAAUAUUUGUAAAAUGCAGUGUCAUCAAUAUAAUGCUGUUUUACAUUUGUUGUGCUUUCCCAAUAUAUUAUUGCCUAUAAAUGAAAAAUUUUAUAGUCUGUAAACAAAUAUAUGCCUUUACUGGUGUCCUUGACCUUAACACUGAUCAGUUUUAGCUUAAUGCACCUUUCUUGUUUUAACACAAGGGGGCGGUCCUCUCUCAGUAUGCGGAUAAGCAUGUCAGACACAAUAGUGAAAAGGCAAUAAACCUUUUAUCUUUAAUUUCAGUACUCUGCAUUUGGACAUGACACUUUUUUUAACUUCCAUGUCAGCAUUUUAAUGCCUGCACCUGUUUGAUUUUACAGCCUGGUGUAAGUAAAUGGAGUGAAGCAACAUUUCCUGAUGUCUAGAAGGAGUAAAGUGAUAUCAUCUUCA